GUCGAAAGUUGAAACAUGGUGCCGCUAGGACCCGGGCCUGGCCAUCCAAACGCUCAUCAAACGCACGGUGGCACAUCUACUAAUUUGUCUGGCCCAAAUUCGUUAUCACAGAGUUCCUCACAAUCGAAUAAGUCUUCAGUAGCGAAGCCGAAUUAUACUCUUAAAUUUACACUAGCUGGCCAUACAAAAGCCGUGUCAUCGGUAAAAUUUAGUCCUAAUGGCGAAUGGCUGGCAAGUUCAUCUGCUGAUAAGCUUAUUAAGGUUUGGGGUGCUUAUGAUGGUAAAUUUGAAAAGACAAUAUCUGGACAUAAGAUGGGCAUCAGCGAUGUGGCAUGGUCAUCGGAUAGUAGAUUAGUUGUUAGUGCGAGUGAUGACAAAACUUUAAAGGUUUGGGAGCUAAGUUCAGGUAAAUGUUUGAAAACGUUAAAAGGACAUAGCAAUUAUGUGUUUUGCUGCAAUUUUAAUCCACAAAGUAACCUUAUUGUAUCUGGAAGUUUUGACGAGAGUGUUCGGAUAUGGGAUGUAAGAACAGGAAAAUGUUUAAAGACACUACCAGCACAUUCAGAUCCAGUGUCAGCAGUGCAUUUUAAUAGAGAUGGAAGCCUUAUUGUGUCCUCAAGCUAUGAUGGUUUAUGUCGAAUUUGGGAUACAGCAUCUGGUCAGUGCCUUAAAACAUUAAUAGAUGAUGAUAAUCCUCCAGUUUCAUUUGUUAAAUUUUCACCAAAUGGUAAAUAUAUUCUGGCAGCGACUCUUGAUAACACACUGAAACUCUGGGAUUAUAGCAGAGGAAAAUGUUUAAAAACGUAUACAGGCCACAAAAAUGAAAAGUAUUGUAUUUUUGCGAAUUUCAGUGUUACUGGAGGAAAGUGGAUAGUAUCUGGAUCAGAAGAUAACCUGGUGUAUAUAUGGAAUCUACAGUCCAAAGAGAUAGUUCAGCGGCUAUCGGGUCACACAGACACGGUGUUAUGUACGGCUUGUCAUCCCACCGAGAACAUCAUAGCGUCAGCUGCACUUGAAAACGACAAAACUAUAAAGCUUUGGAAGAGCGACACGUAAUUUUGAAUUGACAACGCACAGACCGCGACUUAAUAAAUUGUGGCUUCAUAUUGACAGCCUAGCCUUUGGCUUGUGAAUAGUUUUAUACGAAUAAGGUUUUACUAGUUUACGGAGUUAUGGACAAUCAGAUUUGAUGCGUAAUAAUUUCUAUACACUGAGUCAAAUCACAAAAGGAAUUUGUGACAUUUCAUUUGUUAUAAUAUAUGAAAUAUUUUUGUAUUACAUGUGCAAAAUAAAAAGAAGAUUGAAAUGUUUUAACUAUUAUGUGUUAGUUUAUAAUGAGUUACUAAGGAUCUUGCUUGAUAAUAACUUGUUGGAUUCAAUUAAAAAUAUAGUGAUUA